AUCAAGAUCGAGCAUGAACACCCCGAACGCCAGGCCGAAGACCCCGACGACGCCAGGCCGAAGACCCCGACGACGCCACGACAUGGUCGAUGCGACGACCCGUGGCAGCGAGAACAACACCAUCAACGUCAACACCAACAACACCAGCAACAACACACAAUUCGCCAGAUGGACUGUCAUCACAAGCCCUGCGCGUGUCCCGCCAAAUCCACGACGAGGCUCUCCCCACCUUAUACCAAGUGAACCGAUUCAACUGCUCGGCCCGCGACGCCGUGCCGCUUCUGCUGCACAACAUCGGCCGGGCCCACUUCAGCCUGAUCCGCCAACUGGUCCUCGACUGGGAACAGUUGCAGGAAUUCGCGUGGAUGCUGGCCAAACCCGACCAGCGCGCCGCCCUGGCCGGGCUGGAGCUUGUCGAGACCGCCAGCUGGCGCAUGCGCGUGCUCGGCGGCUCGUCGUUUCUGUGGCGCGACGUCAAAGCCCACGAGCGGCAGAUCUGCCAGGCGGCGCUGGGGAUCUGCCAGAAACAUCCGCGCCUCAAGGUCGUCUUGCAGCGAACG